AUGUGGGAGUUCCGGUCCAUGUCUUUCUGGCGGGCGGUGUUUGCUGAGUUCUACGGCACCAUGUUUUUUGUGUUCUUUGGGCUGGGCGCAGCUCUGCGCUGGACCACGGGGCCUUACAAUGUGCUCCACAUCGCCUUCUGCUUUGGGCUGGCGGCCGCCACGCUCAUUCAGUCCAUCGGCCACAUCAGUGGUGGCCACAUCAACCCUGCCGUUACCUUCGCCUACCUGGUUGGCUCUCAGAUGUCUCUCUUCCGUGCCUUCUUCUACAUCUGUGCUCAGUGCUUGGGGGCGCUGGCUGGAGCAGCUGUACUCUAUGGAGUCACACCAACCAACAUGAGGGGCAACCUGGCCCUUAACACGCUGCAACCAGGGAUGAGCUUGGGAAUGGCCACCACCAUGGAGGUGUUCCUCACCCUGCAGUUGGUCGUGUGCAUAUUUGCAGUGACAGACGAGAGGCGUAACGGGCGCAUGGGCUCUGCUGCCCUGGCCAUUGGCUUCUCUGUACUCAUGGGUCAUCUGCUGGGGAUGUACUAUACUGGAGCAGGAAUGAACCCUGCCAGGUCUUUUGCACCUGCGGUACUUGUCAGGAACUUUGUCAACCACUGGGUUUACUGGGUGGGCCCUAUGAUCGGUGGCGCUAUGGGUGCUCUGCUCUAUGACUUCAUGUUGUUCCCUCGCAUGCGUGGUCUCUCUGAGAGACUGGCGGUGCUGAAAGGAAACAGACCUCCUGAGGCAGAGAAUCAGCAGGAGAACCGGGGAGAACCCGUGGAGCUCAAAACUCAAGCCUUAUAA